ACGCUUGGCUCUCUCUCCCACGGCGCGGUCGCCCGUAUCGUUCCGUUCCCCGAGAACGUCCGUGGCGAUCCCCGAACACCUCUUGGCGGCUGUGUGUGUGGUCUCGGCCUUUUUUUCUCAGCCGCGGUGUGUUCCGUGCGGGCCCGAUAACGGGGACGACGUCAGGCAUCUACGACUGUCGUUCGGGCGACAGCUUUUGUGGAGCGACUUAUUCACGAAGCCGGCCAAGUGAACUGACUCCGAUUUCGCGGGCGUCUCGUAGUCGCGGAGUCGGGUGACCGCGGAUGAUUAAGGCCGACGUAAGAUCUUUAGAGCGCGACUCGAGUUUCGAGGGCAAGUGGCACUCGCGAUUCCGGUGGCCGGACCAUCGUCUGUUCGCGAGUCUCUCCGAAAGCGAGUGUGGAGACUUCGACGACCGAUACGGAGGAUGUCACGCUCCGUGGACCACCCCGGCUGCCGCGGCCGUCGUCGUGUCGCGGUGGCGACGACCCUCCCGGCGAUCUUGCGGUGAGCAUCGCGUGUGCGUAUUCCCUCAUUGUGCCGUAUACCGACGUGGAACGACGUAGAGAAGCGAACGUGGUGUGACUCUCGGUGAGUGUCAUUGGCGAGUCAAUGAGGCCCCAGAGACGACGGAACGAAGCGCAACCGAUGUGGUCUUUGUGGCGAGAUUGACCGGUUUCUUUGAGUGAUGAUCGCGGAAGGAAGAAGAUCUCGAUGUUGUUGCUGAGCCGAUCAGCGUGUGAUUUACCCGAGGAAGAGUAUCACGUGAAUAUUGCGAGCACGGAGCGCGUUUCCUACGAGUGACAGUAUACGUCGUUUGAUGUGCGUUGCCUCCUUUAUCUACAUUUUCGACGUUCAUGGAAAUUUGUGCCAAUCACGGAUUAAUGCAUGUCGGAAAUUGCAGUAUGGAGGACAUAAGUGUUACAGUCACCGGUUCAACCACGACAAGUACGAACACAGUCCAUCCUAGUGUAAACGAUAUGGACUGGUUUGCCGGUGUCGCCGAAGAAGAAUUAUUGUAUUAUACCGGCGUCGGCAACGACGUCGAUUCCCUGUGGGCUGUUAUUGGGAGUUUUGUACCGCCACCACCUAGACCACCUUAUCUACCCGAAGAGAGCAUCGCCACCGAUGGGCUCACCACCUGCGAUUUGUGUUCGUGGGCAUGGAGAAACGAUAGGCAUUCUUUUUCCCUGGACGGCACCCUUGAAGCUCCUGGAGAACUUGGAUGGGUGCUGACUCUUGUGAUAGUGUCCUUAGUAUCGGCCGGUAUCGGAGCGGUAGUGAUGAUGACUCUUCUCCAUUGUCGAAGGAUAAAAAGUGCCGGUGGCAGAGCGAGCUGCUGCGGCGUCGGCGUGGAGGAUUCGAGCGUGCCCGAUGCCAGUGGGCCCGCGGGGGCGGCUGGUACCGGCGGCGGGGUGGCCGUCAUACCCGAUCGGCCGCCUCUCGAAUUAGACAAAUUACCGCCUUAUCACGACGUAGCGCCUAGUCCCGGGCACAACGUCUGGUCGUGGUUGGGCUCUCGGCGAGGCGGCGGCACCCCGGGAGUCGUCACGACGCCGCUCUCCCUUCCUCAGCACCGACGAGCGAUGAAUCUUCCGGUCGAGAAUCACUACACCCACAUGCAAACCGAUGAGGCUCUAUACGCGGAACUGGACUCGCAGGCCGCGAGCUACGCGAGCGAUUUACAGUUACAAAUGAGAGGAAGCUCGACGUACGGUACGACUUCCGGCGGCCAGGACGACGAAUAUCACGAACUGGACGCUGCCAGAUUACAUCGUCAUUACGGAGGUAGCGACAGAUCGCUACAGACGGAUACACUUCGUACUCGGCAUAGUAAAAGGAUACAAGAGCCGGACUACGAGAUGUACGAGAAUGGGCGUUCGACGCCGGUACCGCCGAGUCAGCAUCAGCAUCAUCAUCGCCAUCACCAUCAUCACAAUCAUCACCAUCAUCAUCAGGAAUUGAGGAUCGGUAGCAGGAACAGCGAGCAUCCCUCCUACCAGAACACGGCGUACACCGGAAGCGACGCCGAGCCGGAUGGGCCGACGCUGAGCAGUGCACCCAGCAGCGCCUAUUACAGCGAUCUCAGCUCGAACUCGGCGAAUCAGCAAAUGUCGACCGCGACAGUACCGUCCGCGACGGCGGCGACGACGACGACGACGACGACGACAACGAUAAACCUGCACCUGAAUCCGCAGAAUCUGGACACGCCGCAGUAUAGACUGGCGGCAAUCAACGAGAACACAGUGCCUUCGGAUUAUAUUUAAGGGAUGAUCUUUUCGGAACAAAAACGCGUGACGAAAAGUUUGAAAUAGGCAAUUAUACCGACGUGCGUUUACUUCGUUUGUGAACGAAAAGUCUUCACGUAGUAUUUAUAAUUUAACUCGUUACACGCGAGAGGACGAUAGGAAGUUGUCCUUGUAAUAAAAAGUAGGAAUAAACGAAGGUGGAGAUCAGAGGAGACGAAAGACUGUGAAAUUUUUCGUCACUGUUCGUCGUGACUCGAAAGUUUCUUCAAGACAGUGUUUCACGGUGCUCAGUUAAGUUUUGCCCGUACAAGAGGACUUUUAAGUUUUGCUCGUACAGAAGGAAUUGAAAAGAUCACGUUUGGUAAAAGUGUUGUUUAAACCGGCGGAUGUGUGUGUGUAUCGGAGACCGGUUCCGGAUAAAAUCGAUUUCUUGCCCGGCAACGCUCCACUUGCUCCUUUGUCGCCACACUUUGUGGUCCUGUUAAGACAAUCGACUUUCGAGACACGCGAAUCGACGGAUCAAGCGACGCGAAUCGAUCGGCAUCGCGGCGCGUUCCCCCUUUGCUUUUACGCGCUAAUAAAAUACUAGGUAUUCAAUGUCCCGAUACUUUUUUUUUUUAGACAAAAGACAAGCGGAAGAUAAACCGGUUGGCAGGUAAGUGACCAGAGAAAAUCGUGGCUGCGCCAGGAAUUAAUACACGAUUAAGCGCUAUUCUCGCGAAAUCGACAAAACCCUGCGAUCUCGAACAAAAAUCUUCAAAUUGCUAGUCGCGGACUCAACACGCGAUCGCGCUCGUUAGAAUAUUGAUAAAUUUAUGUUCGCGUUUACUUAAGAUGCAUUGUGGCACGGGGAUAUAUUUCGAGUAACUAUGGUGCCAACUCAGGCGUGACGCUCGAUUUUCAUUCGGUAAACGUAAAGCAAAAACGUAAUGAUACCGCGCACGAAGAAUCGCACGUUGCGGUUUCCAAUCAGUAAUAACACGCUGAGAUAUAAAUUGAUGCCGCUCCGACAUUCCUGCGAAAGUCAACCAGUACUAGGCGAAAGAAUCGACCCCCAUUAUUUCUGCCACCCUUCACGUCAAUCAAAGAGGGAGGGGGAGCAAAAUUUUCAGACCUACAUUACGUGAGCGGUCAACGGCAACGUAUAUAACGUCGAAUCUGUUCAAAUUACCGUAGCUGCAUUGAUGGAAUAAGAUUGCAUAUAGCAAAAGUAACCCUGCAUUAAAUUUGAUAGUCUGUAUAAGAAAUAAAAACCACACAAAUUGUAAUGAAUUGAAAAUGAAGGUAGAAAUUGGAAAAUUGCGGUAAACAAUCUCGACAUUUUCAUUACAGAAAAAUCAACUUUAAAUUGACGAAAAAGUUUCCGAUUAACAAUUAACCAGUAGAGAAGUGACGUAUCUUGUACAUUUAGCUUAUCUCAAUCUUAGCUGUUACACGAAGAUUUGAGCGCGUUUUACGAGAUUCUAACGCAUUAGAGGGUUAAUUCGGAAUCUAAUGGGGCAUUAUGAUUGUAAAUAUUACCGAGAGGAGAAACCGCACAGCAGAUUCGAAAUGCCUACACGAUACGAAUGAAAUGAAGUCGUUUUGAAGAGCAGGUGCCCCGUAAUUUGACGUUCGGGGCUGCCAGUCAGCGCCCUCGGCUACAUCCGUCCGUGUUCUCUAAGCAUUCGCUGCCGCGAUAUUCCCAACCAGCAUCCUUCCGUGCUUGCCGCGCGCAAAUGAGGCCUCGUUUUCACGUGCGUGCCUCGAUUAUGGAAAAUUGCAGAAUUCCGUGCCGCGAACGUCGGCGGAUCAUGAUGCUCAACGAAGUACGUAUACGAUAUUCGCACGAAACAUCUUGGCGAGCAUUUUAUUACGUUAUUUUCUGUCUUUCAUUCUAUAUAAAAUAGACUAAACAACGCACAAUGCAGCGACAGAUCGCAGGAGUUUUGUUAAUGACUAAAAGACCGCUUGUUAAGUCUAUAUAGCGACUUCGUUGACUUCGUUGUUUGAUUCGUCGAAUUUUGUGCCAAAGCGUAUUCAGGGUAACAAAAUUGCUUCUCUUUCAGCGGGAGACGGAAGAAACGCAUUACAGCAAACGAUGUUUGAUGCUCACAAUAAAAUUGUCUUCAUGACCUUGUCGUGUAAUACGGCAACAUUUUACGCCAAUUGUGGGAAAUAUUUCUGGUAACGCUGGAUAUAAUCGUAUACGUACUUCGUUCGAAGAAUCGCGUCGAGUCGCAUUCGCGUGUCACGCGACGGAUUAUCGCUCGAGCACUAGAUAGGUUUCGGUCUUGGCGGCGUAUCAGUUUCAAUCGUUUAUCCUCGAUUCCCGAUCGACGGCGGAAUUAAUUCGUCUCGCUCGAUUCGGCGGAGAAUCGUUUAAUCGUCGCCGUCGUGUUCUCUUAAUUAGCUUCUCAGGCGAAGCCGAUUGUUCCCCUCCCCCCCCCCCGUCGAAACACAAACCCGAGAAGAACGCGUUCUCUUGCUUCGCCUCGAGAUUCUCCCGCGCGCGUUUCACGUCGUUCACCUUUAGCUCACCUGUACUUACACACUCACACGUCUACGUUCAACCGAACACUCUUUGAAACACACGAGAAUGCCCGCGCUCAUCUAAACGCGUCUCGCUAUAUAUAUGUAUGAAAACAGCUUUAGAACCACUUGAUUCUUCAAGUUUCUAGUUACCUCGCGCUUAACUGAGGAAAAUGCGAGUGAAGAUACGCCCAUUACGUUGUUGAAAAUUGUGUUGCGGUCUUCAUAAAGAGAAAUAAAGCUCGCUAUCAGGAAGUUUCCAAUUGGCACAAUAUGGAAUUUACUUAAGUUAAAAAAGCGAUCACCUCUUCGCUUUUAUAUAAUUGCCUAAGCAUGCGAGUGGCACGCUUUUCUAAAAAUAUUUCGAUAUUCUGUAUGAUUCGGAGAGAAAAAAUUUCGCAUGCAUAUUCCAAUAUCUGUAACUUAUACCUCAUUAUCUCUAAUGAAUUAAAGAAAUGUGUCAGAUAGCAACCUCGAAAACAACUUUUUGCGGCUAGCAAAAUGAUCAAAACGCACGAGAUUAUCGAGAUACAUAACCGGGAGGCGUACGCAACGCGCAACGCAUACAUACGUUCAAGCAACACAGACGCAACAAUGCGCUCCUUCUGUGGAUACGCUAUAAUUAAUUGUGCCCUCGCGGCUACACAAUGGCGGCAGGGAGAACCCGGUACGACUCUCGAUGCUGUAUUAUACCGCCGAAAAAAUAUCCCAUGACCGCGCCACAUCGUCGUGCUCGAACGGGUAGCCCUUAUCACGGUCGUGUUACGCGAACGAGAAUGUAUUAUGGAAUUCGUUUAAUUAGAGCCCGCCUCAUUUCCAUUCGCGCGCCGUCUGCAUCUGCGUCACGCGUCGGAACUUCUAACAAGAUCGCGUGUUUACGGAUAAUUUGGAGUCACAAUCCGAAAGGCUGCUAUUCGCAUCUCUCGUAAUCCGCGUCCAGGUAAAUUAACUCGGUCGCGUUGCUAUUUAUCGCGAAAAAUCUCUAACAACGUUGCCUUUCGUUAUGAUGAGGCAGAUGCGAGAUCCACCGCGCGUGUUAAUCUAUCUCGUGCGAAAUAAUUGCGAAAAUAUCAAAUCUCUUCCAUAUUUGUGCUAUUUACUGAUCUCAACGUCACUUUGAACCGCGCGAACAUGAGACAUCGUAUAAUAUCUGUAAGAUCGAACAUCUAUUUUUAUUUCGGUUUCGUUACUUCUACUUUAUAUAAAUAUCGUAGUCGUAUUGAAGUUUAGAUUAACUCUUUAAUGCAACUAAAUUUUGUACAAGACACUAAAACGAUCGGAGCAAUUGCUAUCUUUUUAUGAGACAGUGAACACGAGGAAACUUUUUUGUCAUUAUUAGUAAUAAAAUAAUAGGUGAGAUAGUGACUUGGUAAAAGCAACACGUAAAUUAAAAAAAAAUUUUUUUAGUGGUUGUAAUUAGUAAUCAUUGUACUCCAAGCAUUUACCAAGCACUUAUCAAAUAAUCAUCAAAUCAAGUAAUAUUCAUAAAUAAAGAUCAAAUACCAUUGCAUCUAGUGCAAGAAAUAAAAGUACAAAAUAAUGAUCGCAUCCGUCCCGUAUAACCGGCUUAAACUUUCCGCUUGUCGUGUUUGAUUUGCGAGAGGAACGUAUGUCGUCUGAAAAGCACACGCAAAAUUUUCAAAAAGAUCGACGUCGCCUGACAAUCGUGGGAAUUCGCGCGACUGGAUUCUCGCGAAUUUCUCUCUCGAGCCGGACUUUCUUUUAUAUAAUGCCUUCUCGUGCUAGGACGGCUCGCGCGGGAUUCGACGGACGUCCCAGAACGAUCAUAAGGACGGCCAUGGGUCCGCCCUGGCCGGACGCACCGCAUGUUCGUUCGGACUACGGGAUAUAUAAAUUAUACAUGUAAAUAUACGAGCGGCCGGCUCGAGAGAUCGAAUUGUGAGAUAUCGAGAUGUGUUGGCGAUUCCCGCGUCCUUUCUCUCCCUUCAUAGGUCCCUCCUUGCCCCUCGAACCCGAGUUCGCACACAUAUGCGCAUGCAAGCAAGAAUUCACGCACUAUGGCAAAUGUCUCUGUCGUUCUUCGUGAUUUCGGCUAUCGACUUUAUCCUAUGCACGUUUUCAUUGGCGACGUCGAUUUCGAUUACAGAAUAAUUUCAAAGACUUCUACGGCGCACACAUUCCAUCUUCUCUUAUAAAAUUAGCACAUAAACUAUUAGAUAAACCAGUGAUACACAAGUAUUUCCCUAUGUCGAUAAACUGAUACGUUAAAUGCGAUUCAAUUGAGUCCUUAUUUCCUCAAAAUAAAAUACUAAUUGAAGUAUACAUAGAAAAAAAAUUCAAUCAGUUCUACUAUUCUACUAGAGACCCUAAUCAGAGACUGGCCAUCAAGCGAUUUCCUCAAAAUCCUGUGAGAGAGAAGGAUAUAAGAGAGAAAGAGAAAGAGAAAGCGAUAAACAUUCAUAUCGCUUUCUCUUUCCCUCUUAUAUCUCUUUCUCUUUUUGUUUCUCUUGCUUUUGAAGAGAAAUGGCGAACCAAUCAAAAGUGGUCUCCUUAUAGCCAGUCUCUGAUUAGAGGAUCUCUAAUCUUCUACCAACAUUCAUUUUGAUUAAUCUUCAUUUUUAAUAUUCAACGGUUUCCGAUAUUUUUUACUUUUUCAUCUUUAUUGAUUUUAUGAUUUUUAAGAAU